AUGUACGUGGGUACCUACAUGCACUCGGUAUUUGGACCAAAGAGCAAGUGGAGGCAUGGGAACCCAUUGUCGAUGCUUGUCUAUGCUAAAGGUCGUAUCUUCUUCCGUCAAAUAUGGCAUGUUGGAAGGGUUUCAAAUAGUGGUGAGUCCUUGGCUUUAAUUUCCUCCGUGCCUUCCCUUAUUUACUCAAGAAAGAUGCUAGAUUGCUUUGAGAUCAAAAGAAAUUCCCUCUAUAAAUGUGAAGGUGGUGAUGGAGUUGAAGUUCAUGAAGCUCAUGGAUACCUAAUUGACCAGUUUAUGAAAGAUCAAGUGAACGAUAGAACAUACCAAUAUGGUGGAUCUCUAGAGAACCGUUGCCGAUUCCCUUUGGAAAUAGUUGAGGCUAUAGUGGAUGAGAUUGGAGCGAGAUAA